UUCGGUCAGGUUUAGCAUCAAAGCAAAGCAUCAAACAAAUUUUCUUUGUGUUAAUUUUCAGCUGGAAAUUCGCGGAAAAUUAAUUAUUCCGGUUUUAGUUGAAGUGUUUCGUGUUUCUAGUGAAAAUGCUGUGCCAUUCGGAACAUUCUGAACACUAGCCCCCGCUAAAUAUCGAAUAAAUUUGAAUCAAUUUUUCAAGAGCAAACUAGUACACUCAGGGGACUCACCCAUUUUUUUUUUUUUUUCAUUUUAGUGAAUUUCCUUUUAGCGACUCUCGCGGCUUUUAGAAACUCUCUUUCGGCAACUAGUUUUGUUUUAAUUUUCCACAAUUAUUGUAAUGUGCCCAAACUUCCUCCUGGAAAAAAGCUCCCUCAGAAGAUCAUUGGUACCACAAAAUUUGAUACACUCGAAAACGAAAAAGAAAGGAAUCUUCAUACACCCCACAGCCAUGUUCAAAAACACUUAUUUCACGAAUAGUGCUCGCAGAAGUUUGUGUAGAAUAUAAGAAGUCUAUUUAGUUUAAGUUCUGCUGAGUAUUAGAAAAAGCUUUAACUUUGCUGUGAGAGGAUUAUUAUAUUUUGUGAUAUUAUUAGUGACUGGUUGUAUUCAUAACAAACAAGAUGAAACUUCUGGAAAGUACCACUUUUGAGACCAUAAACAAUGCUUUACAGAUUGAGAAUGGAGAUAGCAAGAUUCUAGGCAGGAUCGAGAGUUAUUCAUGUAAAAUGGCUGGAGGAGACAAAGCCCUCUACAAGAGAUUCAAUCCCCAAGGUGUGAAUCCAAACGAUUUGCAGGCCCUUUCGCCGCCUCAGGCCCCUUCGCAGUCACAAUACAGUAAGAGCACUUCAGGAGACGAAGAUGGGCCGUUGUGUGACACCAUCAGUCGCAAAACAUUGUUUUACUUGAUUGCUACUUUGAACUCGUCAUUUCCUGAUUACGAUUUCAUGGAUUUAAAGAGUCACGAAUUCAGCAAGGAACCGUCCCUACAAUGGGUAACAAACGCAAUCGAUUCCCAAUUGACCGCUACUGCCGGCGACACCUAUAAAGGACUGAGACCAGCCUUAUGGGCUGCUAUCGACAACGAAAUUUCUCUGGAAAAUUGCGACAUUUACUCCUACAACCCGGACUUAUGCUCUGAUCCAUUCGGCGAGGACGGUUGUCUUUGGAGCUUUAACUAUUUCUUGUAUAACAAGAAACUCAAGCGUAUCGUGUUUUUUACUUGCAGAGCAAGCAGCCCAAGCUAUGCUUUAGAUUCAGGCUUUGGAAGUGAUUUUGCCAUGGACGAAGACGAAAUUUAACAUGGUUGAGGAGAAGCAGAGAUAUUUAUGAAAAAUCUGCUUAGAGUAGGUACUUGCAAAGGGGGGCGUUAAGAUUCUUUCAGAGAAAAUUUCUGCAUAACUAUCUAAUAAAAAUGUAAAACCAAAUAUUUGAAGCUAUAAAUUGUGAUAUUUCUUCCAAAAUAGAAUUUUAAAAUUAUUUGGCCUUUAAAUUUGUCAGAUGUGCAAUAUUCAUUAUAAAUACAUAUUUAUUUUGACUGAAGAAAAAAAGUUCUAUGAAAGAAUCUCUAUAUUAUGUUAUAAUCAACACAAAGUUAAAUUUUAGCCAGUAGUUUUGACUUAUUUUUAGCAGAUCUCCAGAUUAAGCAAUAUUUAUGUGUUCAUUAACACAAAUUAGGCAUGAUUGAAUAUCAUGAUUGUCAUCUAAUAGUAGUUUUAUGAUCUGCCUCUGCAAGUUGGUUUUACAGGCAGAUAUGAAUGAAUAUCUUUUGCAUUAUAUCAUCUGGUGGUCCAGACUAAUUUUAGAUUUAAAAAAAGCUUUUGGUGAGAGCAAAAGUACAAAGUAGUAUCUAAGUUUAGAAUUAUGUGUGUAUUAGUUGUUUAGAAUUACAAAUAUAUUUCUCAAUGUGGUGGUUUUUAUUUUGAAAUAUUUUUCAGCUAUUUGUUAACAUUUUUGUAUUUUCUUUUAGCAUUUGUGUUUUUUAUUUCGAUUUGAUCAAGGUUAUUUUUGGUUUUGAAAGGUUUUUUCCAAUCUCUCCUAACAGCUUUGUUCCAACCCAACAGGGAACUGUACAUUUUACCGUCAGGAUUUUGUGCAAAACGUAACAUUUGUGGAAAGAAUCCGAAAUUUGUAUGAAGAGUGGUUCCGAAAGCGUUCUCGGGACGGUUUUUUGGCGGGUUGGAACAGACCUAAUAUGUUCAAGAAUGCUCAGUUACUCUUAACUAUUUUUAUCUAUGACUAUUUAUCAAUACAUACAUUAUAUUCAUAAUUUAUUUGAUUUUAAAAUUUGAUAAGGAAAACAUACAUUUUUAAACAUUGUUUUGCCAUCAUCAUACCAGUACAUCAAGUCAAUAAGUUAUACAUUUUCUGAUAAAAUUGUUUGCUGAAACAAAAAACAUAUUGUGAAUUGUUUUAUGUAAACAGUCGUGGAUAAAAUGUUGUAGUAAACUUUUCAAAAAUUGUCUUUAUUGACUUGGAUGUUUUAGUUUAUUAUUGUCACGGAUUCUAAGAUCACCAAACCUCACUUCACAAACAGUAACAACUAUCAUUUUAAUUGACUUCUAAACUGAUUCAUUACCCGAUAUUUAUAGACAUUGUUUUGGGGAUUUUUGUCGAGAAACUUGAAAACUAGCUAAAAGUAAAAACAUAAAUUUGUACACAAUACAAUGUAUGAAAUUCUGCCUCUUGAAUAAUAACUUACAUCGAAAUAAUACUAGUUAAGUGAUGUAUUACUAUCAUUUUUGCAUAAGCUACGAGAUUGGAAAAAACUGUAAUGAAAAUUAGAUUUUAAAAUAUAAAAAUCUCAGUAUUGAUUGGAAUUUACGUACCUGAACUUAUUAUUUUUUUUUUUUUUUAAAUUUAGAACUAGAAUAUAAGUUAGUAUCAACAUUAGAUUAUUUUUGGACACUUUUAUGAAUAUCAAAAAUACACAUUUAAAAAAUGUUGAUACUAAACCAUUAAAAACCAAAAAUAAUACAGUCUACAAAAAUUUUACAUUUAACUGAAAAAUAUUAUGUUCUACUUAUACAUUAAAAUUGUUGGGCACACAUUAUUAAUUUUUAGUUGUCCCGAAAUUCCUGUUUAGUAAUCACAGCUACAGCUUACACAAUUUUUCGCUUUAUUUAAAGGAUUUUUUUUAGUUUUAUUUCUCUAGGUGUAUGUAAGCACAGGGGUGGUUUAAUUUAAUAUUUCCUUUGCCUCUGUAUGGAGGUUGAUUAAAUUUUAGAUCGCAUCACUGGCUUAAUUGUGAUGUGCUAAUAAAACCAUCUGAAUUUUGUGCACUAUAAUUGGUGUUUAGUCUGAUCUCAAAUCGAUUAGUUGCACUAACUAACAUAUUUAGCUAACUUAUCAAGUGAUCUGGACUUAUUUUAGAAAUACAUUAAUUACUUUGAAGUUAUAAGAUUUGAACUGACAUUUUUUGGGGUAUUUAAAAGUGUCAGGGUGGAUCUUAUAAGAACUGAUUUAGUUUUUAGAAAAACAAAAAAAAAAAAUACAUUUGUGUUAAUUUGACUAGUUUUAAGAGAUCUGUAAGUACCAAAAUAACAAAAAUAAACUUCUUUGUCACA